UCAGCACAUGAGCAGAACGCACCUCCCCCUCCAUUGCAGCCUGUGAGUAGACAUUCCCAGCAUGGCUUCCGCCCCGCCUGUUACAGGAAGACAACAUUCACUCCACUGACAAUGGAAGCCCAGCAAUGGUCCCCUCUUUGUACCCUGAACUACGCUAGCCAGCGAUACCUGUGCCACUGCAAAGCCCCAACCCAGGCUGGCAGCACUCUACAGAUCCAUGUGACCAAUGGAAAUGAAGUAUGGAGGUCAGAUGCAACAGAGGAAACACUAGAGGAGUGGGAUGCUGUGCGGAGCCUCUCGUCUCAAGAGCUGGUAGAAAAAUUGAGGGAAACUUUUCAGCAAAAUACCCCAGUCUUAGACAUGCAAGGAAGCUUGGCCAGCCUGUCCAUUCCUGUCAAUUCCAAGAAAGUGACCCUUGACCUUCUCAAACUUCCCAUCUCCGAGGCGCGAGCACAUGUACAGCAGGUGUUGUUCGACCUGGCGGAUCGAGCUUGGAACUUGGACAAACAACUGAAAGUCGCAGAGUCCAGCGUCGCUUCAUCCAACAGUCCAGUUAAGCCGACUCCGAAGAACCACUUUCUGCACAUUCCAGAUGUCGAUAUUCGAAAGAGGGGAUUUGCAGGAUCCGUAACACAAGUGAAGAAAAGAAACCCUGGGGAGUCGCUCAUUAAUCCCGGCUGUAAGAGCAAAAAAAUUGCAAAGGGAGUGGAUUUUGAAGAAUCCUGAGCAUUCAUGUAAGUUGUCUGUGCUGGAUGUGACUGUGUGCACUAUGAUCUGGAUCAACAGCGCCAUCUAUAGACUGUUUGAUGCAACUACUGUGUGGUUCACCGGGCAUGUUUUUAUCAUAAGGACGGGCCUUUUACCUUCAAACAACAAGUCGGAGACGGGGAUGAUUCCCUACGUGAUUGGACUGCACCGGUUAUGUUAAUACAUUAUCAAAGAGCACAGAGGACCUCUUGUACUGCUGCAAAGACAUGGCAUGGAAAUGGCUGUCUAAUCAAUGUCAUUGGCUAUAUAACCCAUUGCUUCCCAGAAUCCACUGCAGGAGAAAACAAGUCUCAUGACUACCCUAUAGAAGGAUUUUACUAGCAAACUAUCAUGGCUGUCACUACUUCUUUCUUUCUUAUAAUUCCCUUUCAUGGUGGAUGCAGGGCUGCAAUUCUACUGCUAAAUUAGGGUGCCUUUCAGAUGUGGUAUCUGUCCAAUUACUAAACGUCUGUUGGCCUGUCUGCAAAUGUAUGUCUAGGCAUAUGAAUCCAAUCUACCACAGAAAAAAACUGGAUUGAUUUAUUCCAGCCAAUCGCUAAUGCAUAAAAAAAAAAAAAAAAAAAAAAAAAAAA